CGUUGCUGCUACAACAUUUUCAGGUCGUCGACUACAACGUUGUCACAACCCCGUCGUUGCCGUGGCCAACCGCGUGUCCAUAGCACCGGUCGACGGUUCCAACUUCCUCUCCUGUCCUCGCCAUCGACGACGCAACUGCACCGUCGUUGCCGUGGCCGCGCGCCGAGCACGAGCAGGGCAGCAGCCGCUUAGCUCACCCCCUCCGUGGUCAUCGCGGCCACCGUCAGGCAUCAGCCAACGCGCAACCUUGUGGGAAAGGCACCCGGACCGUGAAAGACAAUCCGCUCGCUGCCCCGUCCUUCCUUCCCCUUCUUUCUGCUCGCCCGUCGCGUCAGACGACUCCACCGCCCGCGACGACGCGCUCCGCCUGCCUGCCCCCCAGACGCGCCUAAGUAAAACCUCCUCCCCCUGCGCAAGCGUCAGUCGAAUCUCCGGGCCCCGCUUUCCCUUCUCGGCGACUAGUCGGCGCCGCGCGGCUCCAUGGGCGCAUCUUCCAGCCGCCGCCGCCGGGACGACUACUACCCGCCGCCGCACCACUACCCCCCACCGCCGCCGCCGCACCACCACCACCACCCGCCUCCCCCUCCACCGCCGCACCACCGUCCUCCCCCUCCGCCGCCGCCCUCCUCGUACUACUACCACCCCCACCCGCCGCCCCCGCACGCGUACCACGGCCCAUGGCACCCCGCGCCCGCGCCGCCGCCGCAGCAGCCGCAGCCGACCGCGCUGACGGGGCCUCCGCCCGAGUUCGUGGAGCACCAGCAGGCGCAGAAGGUGAAGAACUACGUUAAUCUGCACAAGGACACCAUCAGGCUCGUGCCCGACGGCGCUGACCCCGAGCGCCGCCUCGUCGCCUUCACUUUUGACGCGAUAACCGACGGCAGUGUGACUAUAUAUUACUUUGCCACGGAAGGAAAGGACUGUAGUUUUUCUUCAGUAUACCCAGAAUUACAGACGCCAACAAAGAUACCCUUCGAGAAAGGGUUGGCCCAAAGGUUUAUCCAGCCCUCUGGAUCUGGUGUUGACUUGGGAUUCUUUUCUCUUGAUGAGCUUUCGAGUUCAUCAGGGGAAGUAUUCCCACUUGUUGUUUAUGCAGAAGCAUAUCCAUCUCCAGAGGAAGGUGGCCCGUCAGUAAACGCCACUCGUGCACAGAUUACUCUUGCUGUUUUGGAGAAGCACAACAACGACCUUCAAGUCAAAGUUAUGAAGCAAAUCUUGUGGAUUGAUGGCGUGAGGUAUGAGCUACAGGAAAUUUUUGGUCUUGUCAACUCCACUGAAGCGGAUGUUGCUGAUGCUGAUGCCGAUGACACGGGGAAGGAAUGUGUUAUCUGCUUGUCAGAACCAAGAGACACUGCUGUUAUGCCUUGUAGACAUUUGUGUUUAUGCAGUGAAUGUGCAAAAACUCUACGGUUUCAAUCAAAUAAAUGCCCCAUAUGCAGACAGCCUGUUGAAAAACUAAUGGAGAUCAAAGUUAGAAGUCCUGGGCCAUAAAGGAGAGUUUGCUGAUAUCGUUGCUGCUGCACUAUGUUAUGUAAUUGUCCAUAAUCCUGUAUCAACAUCGAUCUUGAAGUGUAUAGUUCUGUUGAUGGUUGUGAACUUGUGAUGAUGUGGUCUAGAAAUGAACUGUGAAGACCUUUGUUUGGCAUUUGAUC